AUGGUCGAGCUCACGAAACAGGCGAAUCCGGGCGGCCUCGGGCCGACUCGCGUGCUUUUGCACAGACCGCCCGCUCUCACGUCGCCUUUUAUGUUACCGACUACCGGCGAAUCCGAACAGGCCGCCACAGGCGAGCGCGGGCGCGCUCGGGCAGCCCUUUUACCACAGCGCGUUUUCAAGAAACCAUGGCCGUGUGAAGCCGCUUUUAUAGUAAACAUUUUGGUGUUUGUGUACGGGGCUUCCAUUGGCUGGAUGUCGCCGAUGACGUUGUUGCUGCAAUCUGACAAAUCACCCGUUGGAAGACCUCUUUCCGACGCUGAGAUUUCAUGGAUAGCGUCUAUUGCCUAUUUGACAUGUGUUCCAGCAGAUUUUCUGAUAGCAUAUCUUAGUGACAAGAUUGGAAGAAAGAAUUCUUUGUUCUUACUAUCUUUGACGUCAGUUUGUUGCUGGGCCAUUAAACUUUGUUCAUAUGAAGUCUGGGCCUUCGUGCUGGCCAGAGCUCUCAUGGGCAUCGUCAUGGGAGGCGCAUACGUCACCUGCCCGCUGUAUACCAAGGAUAUUUCUGAGGACUCGGUUAGAGGUCUUUUGGGGUCUCUGGUAAUUCUUUUCCACACAACAGGCAACCUAUUUUCUUACAUCAUCGGGGAUCUAUUGAGCUUCAGAAUAGUUUUGUGGAUAUGUUUGACUAUUGCAAUAUUUCAUUUAAUAUUGUGCAUAAUUAUCCCAGAGUCGCCUUCGUUUUUGAUCAAACAAGGAAAGGAAGAUAAAGCAGUAAAAAUUCUAGCGUGGCUUCGAUGCAGAAGGGAGACUGACAGUCUUGUUCAAAGAGAGAUAGAGAUUAUCAAAAAAGAACAGAAGACCGACGAAAACAGCAGUAAUUUCGCUCUUAAAGCUAUUUUAAAAGAUAAAAUACUAUUUAGAGCGUUUAAAAUCGCUAUCAUUGUAGCACUAGCCCGUGAGGUGUGCGGUGCUAUACCAGUCCUUAAUUUCGCUGGAGACAUCUUCGCUACAGCGUCUAAGGGAACUAAUUUUGUACUGACCCCGAACCAGCAGGCCAUGAUGCUUGGUCUCAUACAGGUGACUGGAUCAAUGUUGGGUUCCAGUGUCGUUGAGAAGGCAGGAAGGAAGGCACUUCUCGCCGUAACGGCCCUGAUCUCCGGAAUCAGCAUGUGUGCCCUAGCGUCUUGGUUCGUGGCUAAAUCGUACGGAGUGGACGCUGCAAGCUGGUUGCCUCUGGCUACGUUGUGCAUUUGCAUCUUCUGUGACUCCUCGGGGUUGCAGCCUGUCUCUGUUAUCAUUACCAGUGAAAUAUUUUCGUAUAAGUACCGCGGCACAGUGAUGGGUACAGCAAUGGCUGCGGCAGCCGUGUGUGCCUUCAUUCAAAUGUUCUUCUUUAAAAAUCUCGCUACGUCAAUUGGUCUUCACGUUUCAUUCUAUUUCUUUGGAGCCGUAUGUAUGUUUGCUGCUCUUUAUACUAUCCUCGUAAUCCCAGAGACGAAACUAAGAAGUUUGGAAGAAGUACACCAGGAUUUAAGAACGAAAAAGGAGAAAAGAGAAGAAAAAGCACUGAAAGAAGUGUCUGUUUAAAUAGUUCAUUUUUGUAAAUAAAUCAUAAAGGUACCCCGCGUCUUUAUUUUAAACAGAAUUUUACAAUCUUAAUCAGUAAGAAUAAUAUUUAGCACUCAUGUAAUAAAGCUAUAUCUGCAAAUUGACCAUUUUCAAGUAGGGAGGUUUAACCAUUUUACGAAUGAAAUUUCACACUUAGAAUAAUAACGCAUAGAAACAUAGUCCCCACAGGCUAAGUGAGGCAAAUUGAAGCGCGCCCAAAGGGCCUGCAUGAGUGGGCGGGCCUUCAGUGCUCAAA